UGACGGCGGCGGCCCGGGGGGCGGCGUGGACGCCCGCGGCGCCGGCUGGGGCAUCACCGCGGGCCUUGACCCCGAAAUGGCGCUGCUGGCCGAGCACUUGCUGAAGCCGCUGCCCGCGGACAAGCAGAUCGAGACCGGGCCCUUCCUGGAGGCGGUGUCCCACCUGCCGCCCUUCUUCGAUUGCCUCGGCUCCCCAGUGUUCAUGCCCAUCAAGGCGGACAUCAGCGGCAACAUCACGAAAAUCAAAGCCGUGUAUGACACCGACCCCGCCAAGUUCCGGACCCUGCAGAACAUUCUGGAGGUGGAGAAGGAGAUGUAUGGAGCAGAAUGGCCCAAAGUGGGGGCCACGCUGGCGCUGCUGUGGCUGAAAAGAGGCCUUCGCUUUAUCCAGGUCUUCCUGCAGAGCAUCUGUGACGGGGAACGGGACGAGAACCACCCCAACCUCAUCCGCGUCAAUGCUACCAAGGCCUACGAGAUGGCCCUCAAGAAGUACCACGGCUGGAUCGUGCAGAAGAUCUUCCAGGCAGCGCUCUAUGCUGCUCCCUACAAGUCUGACUUCCUGAAGGCGCUGUCCAAGGGGCAGAACGUGACGGAGGAGGAAUGCCUGGAGAAGAUCCGCCUCUUCCUGGUCAACUACACGGCCACCAUCGACGUAAUCUACGAAAUGUACACCAAGAUGAAUGCAGAGCUCAACUACAAGGUCUAGGUGCCGCCCGCCUGGAACAGGCUAUUCGGAAUCACUGUGAAUCAAACCAGCUCAGCCCCCGCCUCCCCCCCCCAAGCCACCCCCAGGCCAGCUGGGGCCUGUGGGGGAGGGGGUGGCCUUGUUUGUGUGUUUUUUAAAUCAUGUUUUGGGGCUCAUCCUAAUGAAGCAAUAGAUACCCAUCUUCCUUCCAACUCACUGAAUUUCACAACCAUGCAGACCCGUGUGGUACACACCGAUUAACAGUUGCUAAUACAUUGAGUCCUAGGGUUUUUUGGUUUGAUUUUUUUUCUGCCCAGAAGCCCAGCUGAGGCAAAGCAAACCCAGCAUCUCCUUGCAUGAUGUUCUGGAUAUGGUAAGACUGAAUGGAUUGGAUUGAAAAUCAUGCCAGUGUUUUGUUUUUGUUUUCCACAAAAACAGACUGUGUGUCCUGAUGAAGCGUUUGGUACGCACAGCUCUCGUUUCUACAAACUCUGAUCCCUCUGCCUCCCCAGAGAGCUUUGUUAUUCUUAUUUUUUAAUGGCUGAAAGCCACCAGCAAGCCUUUUCCAGCAAAUGGCCAUAGGUGACUGCAUUCUUCAGGGUCAGCUUGUCUAGCCUCCGAGAGACCACCCAUCCUGGCACCCUCCCGAGAGGGGAGUGUGAGCCACCAGCUGCCGAAACCCAAGAAACCACCUCGCUGCCUUAUAACUGCUCCUCAAGUAUUGGGGCAAGUAACGUAACCCCAAAAGAAGUGAUGUGUGUUUUAAAAAAAAAAACCCAAUGAGGAACAAUUGGUGAUUUUUAUGCAGAAACUAAAUCAUUCUUAACAAAUAAAUCUAUAUUUUGGAAUCA